GCGCAGAGGAUUCGGCACGGAGGUGGCCGAACUGUGGGGAGCGGCCGGAGUGGGUGCAUGGAAGACCCAAGAUUAUCUAAAGACACAGGGAAAAUGGUGGAAAAUUCACCGUCGCCAUUGCCAGAAAGAGCGAUUUAUGGCUUUGUCCUUUUCUUAAGCUCCCAGUUUGGCUUCAUACUAUAUCUUGUGUGGGCUUUUAUUCCUGAAUCUUGGCUAAACUCCUUAGGCUUAACCUAUUGGCCUCAAAAAUACUGGGCAGUUGCACUGCCUGUGUACCUCCUCAUUACUGCAGUGAUUGGUUACGUACUCUUAUUCGGGAUAAACAUGAUGAGUACCUCUCCACUCAACUCCAUUCAUACAAUCACAGAUAACUAUGCCAAAAACCAACAGCCAAAGAAAUACCAAGAGGAGGCCAUCCCAGCAUUAAGAGAUAUUCCUAUUAGUGAAGUAAACCAAAUGUUUUUUCUUGCAGCCAAAGAACUUUACACCAAAAACUGAAUUGUACAUAGACCACUACCAAACAUUUAUUACAAAUUUUUGAUGGAAGAAUUUCGACCAUA